AUGGCGGCAGUCAGAGCGUUAGUCCUAGCGUGCGUGCUCCUCCUCGUGUCGACGUCCGCCUUGGCGCAGCGUGGUCCGCCUGGCGGAGGUCCUCCCGGCGGUCAGCGCGGAGGCCCUGGCGCCGGUUCUGGCGGACCCGGCGGUCCCGGCGGUCGCGACGGCCCCGGCGGGCCUGGCGGGCCUGGCGGGCCGCGGGGUCCUCCGCUGAACCUGACGGCCGUCGGGAAUCUGACGGCCGGUGUUGGCGCGCAGCUCGCCAACUGCACGACGGAUCAGACGGCCGGUGUUGGCAGCUUCCACCUCGCCAUCUUCAAGAACUCGACCGGAAACUACAACCUGCUCGUCGAGGCGCUGCUGGUGGACGCGGCGGGCGGUCCGCCCGACUCGCUGGCGAUCGUGAAGGGCGCCGUGUGCGACUCCGUCGCGACGAACGUGCUCGCGCUGCCGCUCGCCGCGGCGGACUGGCAGCAGCGCGCGGGGUGGUGGCUGCUGCACGCGGAGGCGCGCCUCGACGCUUUCCUCGAGAACGCGGACGCCGCCACCCUCGACGCGCUGCUCGCCGUGCUCCCCACCGCCUCGCCUCCGCCCACCAGAAGCGGCGGCGGGCGCAACGGCGGAGGCAGCGCGGGGGGUGCGCGGAACGGGCAGGGCGGGAGGCGCAUGGGGCGGGAGCUGCUGAUGCGCGCAUUCGGCCGCGCUGCCAGGCAGGGGGGACAGAAGCAGGGGGGGCAGCAGCAGCAGGGGGGAGCGCAGCAGCCGCCUGCGGUAAGCGGGUAUGCUGUGCUAGCGGGCAGCAGCGCAGCAGGUGUGACGUGGGGCGGGCAGCUCAUCGGCGCCAAGAUGCCCGCCGCUGCUGUUUAG